AUGGCCCCCGCGUGUUUCCGGCACCUGCUCCGGCGCCCGUCGCACGCGUCCCGUCGCGCGCUGUCCGUCGCCUCAACGGCGUCGCUCUCUCUCGCGCACCCGACAACGCGCGUGACGCUGCGCGCCUCUGACGCCGCGCGUACGGACGUGACGAUCGUUCCCGUGUCGACCGCCAGCGCCGCUGCGCACGUCGAAGCGCGCGCGUGGACAGCUGCGGGCCACGAGACGGACGUCGAGCAGCUGUUCCGCGUGGACGUCAACGUGGCGGCCGACGCGCAGUCGCUGCGGCUCGUGAAGAAGACCGCCGACGCAGUCGACGUGGCGCUCGAGCUCGUGGUGCCGCGGAGCGUGGCGCUGGACGUCAUUAUAGCCAAUGGGCGCGUGGCACUGCGCGACGCGGUGGAAGGUGACGUGAAGGUGGUCGUGCAACACGGCGACCUCUGCGUGCACAAAGUGCGGGGCCCGAGGGUGCGCUUAUCAGCCAAUCACGGCGCGCUCGAGGUCGCGGCGCUCGUCGAAGGUGAGACGGUCGACCUCUGCGCGCGCGACGGGCUCCAGUGCCAGCGCCUCUUGGCCCGCCGGGCGCGCGUGAAGCUGGGAAAGGGCCGCGCGACCCGCUGCUCGACGCUAGGCGCGAUCUACGCGGCCUCGUGCAGCAUUGCGGUGGCCCCACAGGCGUCGAGGGGCGCGUCGCAGCUGCACGUGGGCGCUGUGCACGGCCACCUGCAGGUGAAGAGCGCGGGACUGGACCGUCUGCAAGUGGACAGCGUCUCGGGAACGAUCGACGUCGAGGACAGCGGCCGCGCGUGUCACGUGACGGCGCACUUUGAUUCGUGGCCGAGCGACAGCUACAGUCGCAUUGUCGUUGCGGGGGACGUGCACGUGUCGGUGCAACCUGCGGCGUCGAUGGACGUGGAGCUGCAUGGCACGAGCGUUACCGUGGGAGACCAGUGUGUGUUCGAGCGCAGCGACAUGGACCAGGUGGAUGCCGACUAUGCGGUGUUUACGGGUCAGCUCUGUGCGCGCGAGGAAGCAGUGGCGGCCGCGACGUCGACGGGCAAGAUCGACGUGCGCAGCGCCAAGCAGGACGCCUUGCGUACGUCCUUUUUCAUGCAACCAGCUGAUGGGGGCAACGAGGCACGGGACGAGUCCAAGCCGUCGCGCCUGUUUGUCCACGCACAACAAGGUGCCGUGACGCUGGAUCAACUGACGUGGAUGGACAAUGUCAAGCGCAAGUACGUGAAGCAACUGGAAAAGCAGUAA